AUGGAUGAAUCUAAGGUAACGGAUGAUUGUGCUGCUGUCGCAGUUCCCGACUUAGGAAAAAUCAAACCACGACAUUAUCGUCAAUUUUCAGAUGUAACUAAUUCAAGCAAUACAGAUAAUACAUAUUCAGCUACAAGCAAAUCUACUAUGCCAUUUUGUCGGCGUUGUUGCCUCUGCUGUAGACAGACAAUGUGGUCGCAUAAAUUUUGGAUGGGAUUUACAGCAUCCACAUGGGGUUUUUUGUCAAGUGUUGAACGUGCUGUAAUAUUACCAACACUUUUUCUUUAUUUGAAAGAAUAUUGGGGUGCAGAGAUUGCUAAUACUCAUUAUGGAGUUACUGUUGCAGCGUUCAGCUUGUCCAUCCUGAUAAUGACGCCUAUCUAUGGUCUUGCUGCUUAUUCUGGUGUUCGUGUAAAAACACUUUUGUUAGCUGCUAAUUUUUUGGAAAUUAUUGGAAAUCUUAUUUACCUAUUUGCUCCAGUUCCUUCAGCAAUUAUCCUAGGAAGACUGAUCUCUGGUAUUGGAGCGAGUUGUGAACCUCCAUUAUAUGCGGAUAUUGUAAGAGCAACAAAUCGUGAUGAACGUACUGCAUACAUUAUUGUAUUAUUGCUUACACGUCAGAUUGGUCUCAUUUUUGGUCCUUCUUUCACAUUAUUGAUGGCAAAAAUGAACUAUCGUGUAGCAAACUUUACACUGAAUGUUUACAAUGGACCUGGAUUAUUAAUGGCAAUUUUAUGGUUCCUACAUUCAUUUAUCAUAUUGUUCUCGUAUCCAAAUGUUGAUAAAAAUGGUCGAGUCAUUUAUACUGAUGGUCAAAGAUGGUCAUGUUGUAAUCGGGAAGCUUGGAUACAUACUAAUGAACAGGCGAAAGAAGAUUCCCGACCUAUGCUGAGUGAUUCAACAGAUUCCUUAUCCUCUGGUCGAUUUAAUACCGCUGUGUUGAGUAAUACUCUACGACCGUAUUUAUCGUUUAAUAUUAUAGCAUUGUAUUGUGUUAAUUUUGCGGCCUACUUCAGUUUUAUGGGUUUAGAAGCAGCUCUACCACCAGUAGCAAAUCGGAUAUUUAAUUGGACUGAAGUGGAAACUAGUUAUGUAUAUUUAGCUGCAAGUAUUUUGAUUAUAUUUGUAGUAAUAAUAUUACGUAUUCUUAACCAGUAUUAUACUGAUCGUGUUCUCCUAUUAGCCGGUCUUAUUAUUAUGGUAAUUUCUUAUCUUUGGUUAACUAUUGUAGUGCAUAUACUGCCUAAUAUUCCUGUUAGUGUAGGCAUUCCUUUAACACUAACUGGCAUAGCUAUUCAUGUGAUUGGACUUCCAUUUGCUUUUGCUUAUUCUGAAUCAUUGUAUACAAAACUUGCUCCUGUCUCUGAUAUGGAUCGAGCUCAAUCCAUCUUUCGCACAGUUGUAAAUGUUGCCUUCCUAAUUGGACCUUAUGUUGGUGGCUCACUAAUUGGUUAUCCUACUGUCGUAUUCUUUUGUAUGUUUUUAUCCUCUAUAUUUCCAACACUAUUGGUUAGUUUUCGAUUUAAAGACUUUAUUGUUAUCGAUCGGCCUAAUUCACCAGGUGAUUUGGAAAUUGCCAAGGAGUGCUGA